AAUGAGUAAUUAUAGAAUAAAGGGUUUAGUAGCAGCUGUUUUUACGCCCUUUGACGAUAAUCAGUAUGUCAAUUAUGGGAUAAUUGAUAAAUAUGCUGAAAAAUUGAGUAGUAUCAACGUUAAAAACGUGUUUGUUAAUGGUUCUACUGGAGAAGGUCUUUCCCUAAGUGUUGAAGAGAGGAACAAAUUAAGUGAACAUUGGAUGAAUGUUAAGGAGAAAAAUAAUUUAGAAAAUGUAAUAAUUCAUGUCGGCGCCGAGUCCGUAAAAGAUGCUUGUAGAUUAGCGAGAUUUUGUAAUGAAAAGCAUGUUGACGCCAUUUCAGCUAUGGCACCGACCUACUUUAAACCAGAAACAAUUGACGAUUUGAUUGACUACUGUUCAAGAGUAGCGAGUGAAGCCCCUAACAUUCCUUUCUACUAUUAUCAUAUUCCUAUGAGAACGAAUAUCCAAUUAUGCAUGAAAGAGUUUCUAUGGACAGCUGCAAAGAGAAUACCUAAUCUUCGGGGUUUGAAAUAUAGUCAUUGGAACUUGUCUGAAAUAAAUUUGUGUAGAAUGAUUGAUAAUGGAAAAUAUAACAUUCUCUACGGUAUGGACGAACAAUUGUUAGGAGCCAUGGUAUUUGGGAUAGAUGCAGCUAUUGGUUCAACUUAUAACUAUAUUGGGAACGUCUACACGGAAUUAAUCAGUUCAUUCGAAGAUGGAAAUCUUAAAAAGGCUCUUGAAAUUCAAACUUUUGCUCAGGAAUUUUUAGAGAUUAUCUUUGAAAAUGGGCGUGGUAUUACAUCUUUAAAAACUUUUACAAGUUUCUUUCUGGAUAUUAACCUAGGUCCUGUUAGAUGUCCAUUAAAGAGUGUUGACAGGAACUCUAUUAUAGACAAUUCACUUCCAAAGAUAAAAUCUCUAAUGGAAAAAUAUAAUAAUAAAUACAAACUUAAGACAGGAGAUGCCAGACCGUCGGCUACGAAUGUCAGAUUGCGAAUGAUUGCCUAUGACAAUAUGGGUAUUCAUGUUGACGAGAUACCAGUAGAAGUUAUGGAUCCGCAACCUGGGCAUACUGACGUCUUUCAAGCGGAAUCAUGGGACCAAUUGUCAUCGGUUACAGAGUUGGAAAUCUGGAGAGACCCAAAUGACUCGGACGCUGAUUGGCUAUGCGAUGUUAUUACAGUUCAUAGUAGGGCGAAAGGCCUUAUAACACAUUUUCCUAUUGGUCGUUGGUUAAAGGCAGGAAGAAGGAUACGAGUGAAAAGAAACGACACUAGCUUACCUCAGAAUGACGCUCAUGCCAAAUUAAGAGAAGCGGAGCUAAUAGAAAAUCGAUCUUCACAUCAAUAUGCUCAAUUGGUGGCCCAUGCGCCCCUACAACAGAGGGACGUUAUCGAUACUAGUUCGGAACUUGCUCCGUUUUGGGAUCUGAUAAGAAGAAAAACAGAACUUCUUGCACAAUAUGGAUUAGCGAGAACAACUUCCACAUCGUUUGCCGGUUUUGAUGAAGUUGUUCAAUUAUUUGAUGGUCCUGGAGGUCUUCCAACUCCAGCUUGUAAGUCUGAUUGGUCUAGCGAUUGUUGCUUCGGCGCCCAACGCUUAGCAGGGUGUUUGCCGACUAGUAUCUGUUUAUGUCAUUCUCUUCCUGAUCGACUACCAGUUACUCAUGAUAUGCUUAAGCCUUUCCUGGAAGGAUGGUCAGUGAAACAGAUCAUACAGGCUAGAAGAUUGUUCUUCGUUGAUCAUUCUCAUUUGUUGGAAGGUGUUACCACAGUUCCCGGAAGACAUCUGUGUGAUGCGGCUAUUGGUUUGUUCUUCGUUUCUGGAGAUAAAAAGCUCCAACCCAUUGCGAUUCAACUAGAAAGAGAUGGGCCCGUUUUCUUUCCCUCCGAUCCGAAGUUGACUUGGAUAGCUGCAAAGAUGUGGUUUAAUCAUGCUGAUGCAACAUUAAGCUUUUGUCUAUGGAGAUUUGGUAUUACACACAUGAUGAUGGAAGGAAUUUCUGUGGCCUUACAACGCCAUCUAGCACCAUCUCAUCCUCUUCAUAGACUACUAUAUCCUCAUCUAGCUCAUAUACCUUCUUUGAACAGGCGAGUUGUCAAUGAAUUGCUCUCAGAGUCAGGCUGGGCAGAGAGAAAUCUUUCAGUAGGGAGAAAGGGAACUUUAGAGCUAUGCAUAAGGGCAGCGGAGGCUUGGUGCUUGGACAUUCAAGGCUGUGUACCGCGAGAAUUGGAACAACGAGGUCUUCUUGAUCUGAAUGUUCUACCAAACUACUCUUACAGGGAUGAGGCUAUACCACUACACAAAGUGAUGAAUUCUUAUGUAACAAAGGUAAUUAAAAUUUAUUACAAGGACAUGGACUCAGUUAUAAAAGAUUACGAGCUUCAACAAUUUAUUGGCGAAUUGGCUAGAGAGAGGUCAUUUGGAGGAAUCGGAGUGAAUGGGCUUCCGCCUUCUGUAAAAACUCAGGAUGAAAUCAUUAAAAUAGCAACUGGUAUUAUAUGGACGUGUACGGGUGUUCAUGCAGCAACCUCUCUGCCAUUGUAUGAUCACUGUGCAUUCCCUCCCAGUUAUCCCCUGCUGUUAAAGGGCUCACCACCAAGAACUAAGCAACCUAUAACAGAAGAUGAAUUAUGCUCUUUCAUACCAUCCAAACAAGUCACAUGUGAGACUGCAGCUUUAACCAAAUUAAUCAGCAAUACCGAAGCAAGAUCAUUAGGAGAGGAUCACGCUCAUUACGAGCCUAUGUGUAUCCAAGCUGUAAAAGAAUUUCAGCAAGAUUUGGCUCAAUUAAGCGAAGCAAGCAAGUUAAGAGAGCAGAAAAGGAAAGAAAACCCGACAUUAAAAUAUUCUUAUCCGUAUCUCGAUCCUCAGCAUAUUCCAAAUCGGGCAUCUGAUCCACAACUGAAACGUUUUGUUGAAACGGAGACCCAACGUCAAAAAUUUCAAGAAAUCGUUCACUCACUAACAGACCAUUGUUGGGAUGCAUGUAUGGGAACACCGUCGAAUAGAUUAGAAAAGAAAACUGAGACGUGUCUAACGAAUUGCGUCAACCGUUUCAUUGAUGCAAGUAAUUUCAUCAUAAACCGAAUGGAAAAAGAAGGUGAAGCCUUAAUGAGUAAACAAUUAAAAGACCCGGAAAGUAUAGGAAGCUGGUCAGCUCUUAAGUAA